GUGUGGGCUACGGCAUGAUGGUGGUGUCCACCUACAUUGGGAUCUAUUACAACGUUGUCAUUUGCAUCGCCUUUUACUACUUUUUCAUGUCCAUGACAAACCUGCUGCCAUGGACCUACUGCAACAACCCCUGGAACACACCGGACUGCAGCGGGGUGGUGGGCAGUGGCAACCAGCUCAACGGCAGCCUGGCAAACGCUACCACCAGCCUGGUGGCAGGAGUGUCUGAGGUAGUCAACCGCACCAAGAGGACUAGCCCCAGUGAGGAGUACUGGAAACACUAUGUGCUGAACAUCUCUGAUGAUAUUGGAAACUUCGGAGAGGUCCGUCUCCCCAUCCUGGGCUGCCUCGCCGUGUCCUGGUGUGUCGUCUUUCUCUGUCUUAUCAGGGGUGUUAAAUCCUCUGGAAAGGUGGUGUACUUCACAGCCACAUUCCCCUAUGUGGUUUUGACCAUCCUGUUCAUCCGUGGCAUCACCCUGGAUGGAGCCAUCAACGGCAUCAAGUACUACCUGACUCCACAGUGGCAGAAGGUCCUUGAUGCAAAGGUGUGGGGAGAUGCUGCCUCACAGAUCUUCUACUCCCUGGGCUGUGCCUGGGGCGGCCUCAUUACCAUGGCUUCCUACAACAAGUUCCACAACAACUGUUUCAGAGACAGCAUCAUCAUCAGCAUAACCAACUGUGCAACCAGUGUGUACGCAGGCUUUGUAAUUUUCUCCAUCCUGGGCUUCAUGGCACACCACCUGAAUGUGCCCGUGUCCGAGGUGGCUGACCAUGGACCGGGGCUGGCCUUUGUGGCCUACCCAGAAGCCCUCACUCUGCUUCCCAUCUCACCGCUCUGGUCGCUGCUCUUCUUCUUCAUGCUCAUCCUUCUGGGGCUGGGGACUCAGUUCUGUCUGCUGGAGACCCUGGUGACUGCCAUUGUCGAUGAGAUCGGUACAGACUGGAUCAUCAGAAACAAGACUGUAGUCACGCUGUCAGUGGCCAUAGCUGGAUUCCUACUGGGAGUGCCACUAACAACACGGGCAGGAAUUUAUUGGCUGUUACUGAUGGACAACUAUGCUGCAAGUUUCUCUUUGGUUAUCAUCUCCUGCAUCAUGUGCAUCUGCGUCAUGUAUGUUUAUGGUCACAGGAACUACUUCAAAGAUGUUGAGAUGAUGCUCGGAUUCCCUCCUCCUCUCUUCUUCAAAGUCUGCUGGAGAUUCAUCUCCCCGGUCAUUAUUUCUUUCAUCCUGAUCUUCACAGUGAUUCAGUACAAGCCCAUCACCUACAAUGACUACGUGUAUCCUGGCUGGUCUCUGGCUAUUGGCUUCGCCAUGGCUCUGUCCUCAGUGGUCUGCAUACCCAUCUACGCCCUCUACAAGAUCUCAAGGUCCCCAGGAGCCACCUUCAGAGAGCGGUUGAAGAAUGCAUGCCGAUCGCAUCCAAAGUGGGGCCCUGCCCUGCAGGAGCACCGGACAGGCCGCUAUGCCCCCAUGGCCUCCGAAGACACCGUGGAAGCUCGUCCCCUCAAGGAGAAGGAGGAACUGAAGGAGGAUCUGAAGGAGGAGGAGAAGGAGAAGGAGAGGAAGGAUGAAAUCAGCCUCACCAUCCAUGGAAGCAACGGCUCCACCAACACACACAACAACCCCAACCCCAGCGCAUAG